GACUACGAAGAUAAGUAUCCAGAAGAUCCCAUAUACGAAGAAACUGCGCCAACUGCCAGAGUCUGGAGGACCUACAUCGAUGAAAGCCAAAAGUUCGAUGCUGACAGAGUGGGCGAUUGGCGGGACACUGUUGAUGUUCUUUUGGUAUUUGCUGGUCUCUUCUCUGCCGUUGUUAGCGCGUUCGUAGUUCAAUUCUCGCAAAACCUACAACCGGAUUACAGCCAAAUCUCCGCUUAUCUACUUUUUGAACUCGUAUCCAUUCAACAAGCUAUUUCCAACGGGACUAGCGUCAACCUCCCACUUUCCUUUCUGGAUCCAACGGCAAAGUUUACUCCGGCGACGUCCAUUGCGUGGGUGAACGGACUGUGGUUUGCCAGUCUCGCGCUGAGCCUUUCGGCGGCACUCGUAUCUGUCUUGGUGAAGCAAUGGCUCCACCACUAUAUGAUUCUACCAUCCGGUACGCCUCAGGAACGUAGUCACGUACGACAGUACCGAUACAUGGGUCUACGCAAGUGGCAGGUGCCUCUGAUCAUCGGUCUCCUGCCGAUGCUUAUGCAUCUUGCUUUAGCGUUCUUCUUCAUAGGCCUUGUCGUUUUCCUU